ACAAGGGAGGAAAGAGCUUAAAAGCUAAAAAGUUUUAGCUAAUAUAUAUCUGUUCCUAAAGAUAUUCGUGUGUUUUGCAAUAAUGAGUGCUUGAAAAAGUUUCUGCAAAUCUACUUGGUGUUUGGUCCUGCUAAAAAUUGGCUCUAGCCGCGGGAAUUAGCCUUGGACAUGGCUUUAAAUACAAACUUUCAUUUUGUUUGCUUAUCCAGAAGUCCGUGGUUGUUGUUUUUACUGCUAGAGAUAUCAAACCCUUUAAAUAUCAUUCAAACUCUACCCAACCCAACAGAUAUUAUUAAGGAGGGGGAAAAUACAACUCUACACUGUGAGACGGAUUCCCCCUGGUUCUUCUGUUUAUGGAAUUCCCCAGGAGAUGAUCGUCACUGUGCUAUACAGGAAUCAGCUCCUGUAAGUGUCUGCUCUGGAAACCCCGGUCUAGAACUUUCUGGAACAAAAACCGGUUGUAGUCUACAUAUAUCCGGUACAGGCCGGCACCAUCACGGCGACUGGCUCUGCCUGCUUAAUGAUAUCCAAGACUUCCAAACAGUGAGAAAGCAGAUUUACCUCUCUGUUGGAAGGAAGGCUGAUGUUAGUUGGGGUAGAGACUAUAGAGACGAAAUCCUUGUUCUAACUGAGGGUCAAGAGACCAACCUGACCUGCGUAGCCGAGGGGGCAAUCCCCGCCCCCUCCUUUAGUUGGCAGGGGGCGGUCAACCUAACCUCAGUGCCGGGGGGCAGGGGCGCAUCUUUAGGAGAAGAUGACCAGCACACUGUCUGGCAGACAGUACAGUACACAGCUAGGUUAAAUGAUACAGGUUUGAAUAUCACCUGUGUAGUGGACCAGGUGGUCAUGAGUAGUGGUCAGAUCAUGUACACGACAUACAGUACACUUACACUAGACAUCAAACCCAUUAUACCAUUGGGUCGAACAGUAUCAGAAAGGAUGAGUAUUCUGGCAGGUAUACUGGCCUCUGUUCUACUCCUACUUAUACUUCUGGCAAUAAUAAUAAUACUUAUCAUUGCAAGGAGUAGCAGAAAGUAUAAAGUAGUUGAGGAAGAUGAAUACUCGGAUCCAAUCUGGAAACCUAAACAUUUAAACCAGGAUAUGUUAGUGGCAGGGCAACAGAGAAAACCUCCGUUGCUAAAAUACUCCAGUAUGAUAGAUCACACUGAUCCUCUACUAUCCAGACCCAAUAAGAGGAUAGAAGAGGGGUAUGCCAGAACAGAUAAUCAGAUUAAUAGACACAUAUCCAGAUUUCCUGAGGUUGAUGAUGCAAGGUCAGCUCAGCCUCUAGAAUACAGAUUGCCAGGUAGAGAUCUCCAUGUAGAGGCACGUCAUCUUCUUGCUCCAGCUGCGCAUGACAAACAGAACGGUCACUUGAUCAAUCGGAACGGUCAGCUGUCCGUGCCACGUUUAGAUCACUGUUCUGAAUCCGAGAUUAGAUAUCUGGACUCAUUAAACGCAGAGUUCAGGAGAACUAGGUUUGAUCUGAGUGCGCGCGCUGACAAGGAAUCUCCGUGCACGGACACCCUCAGCUCCGGGUAUGCUACCACCAGGGUGAGCGUGGUGACCCCGACAUGUGAUGUGUCGACGUAUAGCAAGGAGUCCCCGACCUACCUGGACACCACGCUCGACAGCGGUUAUGUUACAAAAGAUAGACACCUAGACGAGACGAUCGACAGUGAUCUCACAGGGAAAAGUGAUCAGGGGGGUAGUGAAUGUGAUCAACCGAGUACAGACAACUAUGAUCAGUAUGAUAACACGGAUCAAUUUAACUCCCCUCUAAGCACAGACUUUGACUCUCCGAAUGAGACGAACUUGUUGUCAAUAGUGAACGAUCACUGUUCUCCGGUGGACUCCGCUCCUGCCGGAUGCAAUGAACUACUCCGUACUCCGUAUGGGAGAAACUCUGAGAUUCCUACGCGUGGUGCCGGGAGUACCGGGAGUACCAGACCUGGGAGUGGGUUCACAAUAUUUGAUUGCGAGCAGGGAUGUUUUAUCAGUGUAGAGGAGUAUAAUAAACUUUACGGACCCAGUGAUAAUUGAUACAAAAAAUAAGGAAAUAACAAUUUUUAUAUUUUUACACAAAUUAGUAACUAAUUAUCAAAUGUUUCAGUAAAAUAAGGCAUUUAACACAAGUUGCAACGUAUUUUCUGACGCCAUCAGAUUUAGUUGUUACAUGCAACAUUUUGUUGAAUGCAAUCCGUUCAAAAAUACAAAAUAUUUUUCAUUUCAACAUGUUUUCAAUGUAAAAUAAAAAACUACGUAACUGUUGAUGUAACGCUGUGAUGAUGUGAGUUAAUAAAAAAUAAUUUUA